AUGCCGAGGAAGAAGGUUACGCUUUCUUGGAUCGCCCACGACGCCACGCGACGCGUCACCUUCAAGAAGCGGAGGCAGAGUCUGUUCAAGAAGACGAGCGAGCUGGCCACCCUCUGCGGAGUCGACGUCUGCGCCGUCGUCUACAGGCCGGAGGAGGCGGAGCCGGAGGUAUGGCCUUCGCCGGCGGAGGCCAAGCGCGUGUUGGCGCGGCUUAGGGCCGCGCCGGAACCGUACCAGGGCCGCAAGAAGAUGGACCAGGCGGACUUCCUCCGCCUCCGGGUGGCCAAGUUGCAGGACCAGAUCCACCGGCAGCAGCAAGAUAACUGGGAGCUGGAGACCAACCUGCUGUUGCACGAGGUGCUGUCCACCGGCGGGCAGAGGAUGUGCAACACGAGGAUCGAGGAGGCUGCGGAGCUCGUGAGGUUGGUGGAGUUCAAGCUGGUGUUGGUGAGCAGCAGAAUUGAGAGGGAGAAGGCGCGGAUGCUGGUGGAGCCGCCGUGCCCGCUGGUCGAACAGGUGGUGGGAGGGGCGGUGGCGGAGUUUGAGCCAGAUUUACUGACGGAGGAAAACUUAAGUGCAUUGCCAUGGCCAGAACCGUCGGAGGAAGACUUAGCUGAGGCUGCAUUGCCAUUGCCAUGGCCGGAACCGUCGGAGGAAGACUUAGCUGAGGCUGCAUUGCCAUGGCUGGAACUGUCGGAGGAAGACUUAGCUGAGGUUGAGCCAGAACUGACGAAGGAAGACUUAGCUGCAUUGCCAUGGCCAAAACUGACGGAGGAAGACUUAGCUGCGGUACCAUUGUCUUCCAUUGACCCCGAGUCGGCAUGGCUGGAGCUAGAUUACCAUCAAUGGCAGGAUGCGUUCGACCUCUUCAACAACUUCAAUUACUGA